CCCGCUAUCUCCCCCCACACGCGCCUCUCGGAGACGCCCCAUGUGCCGUCGCUGGGCCAGGCCGCAUCGCAACAAUUGAACAACCCCUGGAUCUCCCACUGGGGCAACAUCACGGAGCCUUGUUGGCGGCGGCGGCGGCGACCAGAGCCAGGCGGACGGCUGGAUCCGGAGCUCAGGCCCUCGCCGGCACAGGGACUGCCACGGACGGGACGUCACCUAGGACAGCCAUAUAAAGCCAUCGGUCCCUUAUCUCGAGCUUCCUCCAGGCUAGCCCUCAUUCAACUCAAUCAAUUGAUAUCAGCCCGCCGCUUGCCUCUUGUUGUAGACUUGCAUUAUCUCGUCACCCUUUGCCUCCGCCUCAACCUUCUCGCUGCUGCUUCCAUCUGGAAACACUGUCCUCAUCAUCAUCAAUCGCCUCAACCCCCAGUAACAGGAAAUUCGUCAAUUUCUCACAAGAUGCCCUUUGUAUCUGCAGCCCGUUACGGCAAGGACAAUGUCCGCGUCUACAAGGUUGAGCGCGACGCCGCGGCCGGCACGCAGACCGUGACAGAGCUGACCGUGUGCUGUCUACUCGAGGGCGCCAUCGAGACCUCGUACACAAAGGCGGACAACAGCGUCGUCGUGGCGACCGACUCAAUCAAGAACACCAUCUACAUCAAGGCCAAGGAGCACCCGGUCAACCCCAUCGAGGUCUGGUCAGCCACGCUGGGCCAACACUUCAUCGACCGCUACCCGCACAUCACCGUUGCCAACAUUGACGUCAUCCAGCACCGUUGGACUCGCAUGAUUGUCGACGGCAAGCCGCACCCGCACAGCUUCUUCCGUGACGGCGAGGAGACGCGCAACGUCGCGGUUCGCGUGAUCCGCGGCAAGGGCACCCUGAUUGAAAGCUCCAUCAAGAAGCUCACCGUCCUCAAGAGCACGGGCUCGGCCUUCCACGGCUUUGUCCGCGACGAGUACACCACCCUCCCCGAGACCUGGGACCGCAUCCUGUCCACCGACGUCGACGCCGCCUGGACCUGGAAGCUCUUCCCCUCGCUGCAGGCCGUCAACGACAAGACCGCCGUGUUCGACAAGGCCUGGGCGGCCGCCCGUGAGAUCACCCUCUCCACGUUUGCCAAGGAGGAGAGCCCCUCCGUGCAGGCCACCAUGUACAAGAUGUGCGAGCAGAUUCUGGAUGCCGCGCCGGACGUCGCAAAGGUGUUUUACGCACUGCCCAACAAGCACUACUUUGAGCUCGACCUCUCGUGGCACAAGGGCAUCAAGAACACGGGCAAGGACGCCGAGGUCUAUGUACCACAGUCCGGGCCCAAUGGCCUCAUCAAGGUCGAGGUCUCCCGCGACCAGCGGGCAGUAUUGUAG